AUGUCUUCUCGCGUCAGGCAGAAGGCCAAAAAAGGGCUUUCGCGUAUAUCUGACCUUCUCAAGGGCAAGGGGAAGCGCGAAACCCCCCAGAAAAACUGUCCUCACGUACCCGCCGCUGCCGCUGCUGAAGGCAACCUCAACAAAUGCCCCACUAGCGAUGUGUUCCAACCUGUCUGGUCUUCGAAUCCCCCGGUCGCUCCAACCUCUCCCAUACGCACCGCCGACUUGCUCCGACCCUUGCCGCCGCUGUCCGGAAGCUCGUCCGGACCAUCGCACUCGACGACAGGCGGCGGCGCUAGCGCCGCCUGUCGUUACUGUCCUCUGGGCUGUUUCAAGUGUAUCGACUGUGUACUAUCGAGCCACGGCGAACGUCCUUUUGACCGCAUACUCAUGUGGGACGCGGCAAAGCAGUAUUGGCACCGCAUCACCCUUCCUCAAAUGGGCUAUGUAUUCAACCUUGGUCACGGCGGGCGCAAGUGCCCGAAUGCAUCUUCCGCUCCACGGGACAUGGUCAUCAUUCACGAGCACGGAUUGAUGGACCUCCCGGUGCUAUUCUGUCAAUGUGGUUCCGCGCACGCCCCGGCUGCGCAACUCAUCGCCUCUGGACUGUGGCCUGCUACCUGGGAGCGUCCUCGUACGGCGACCACACUCAAUGCCCUAGAAGCCUACCACAAUCUCAGCCAUGUCGCCCAGACGAGCAUGUACGACUUCAUCAAUCAUCUGAAAGACAUGACCGAUGAUACCACCCCCAGCGACGCCCAGGAUCGAUAUCGGGAGUUCAAGACGACGAUGCGACAGUAUACGUACAUCCAACAGUCACGCGAAUUGCCCCGAAGGAGUUUGAUCGUACUAUGCCCUGCGUGUCCACAGCCCGGAAUCAACAUGAGGGAGGGGUGGAAGCAAAGAGACGAAGUGCAUAGUUAUCUAGAUGCGCUCCACUAUUCCAUUGACGGCAACUUCCACCUCAAUAUGAAGAUGAAAGACACAGACCCUGACGACUUCGCGUACUCAAUGGGCGCGGGGUACUUUGUCCACGAACGAGAUUUUCAACACUUCCUCCGGACCGUCCCCCCUCCGGUCAAUGAAUCAUCGACGUGCAAUCAGUUCGGCGCGAUGGCCAACGGCAAGUACACCGGGAAGGUAACCGGCGUCAUCGGCAUAUCUUGUCGGCACAUGUUCAUGUUGCCCGGUGGCGUAGUUGAUCUUCAUUUUGCUGAAUGGUACCUUUAUGUCGACUUCUGUCUGGUGUCGGCUCUCUCGCACUACAGGGAACUAGGGCUGCUGUAUGGGACCUAUGACAUACAUUGCCAGUAUAUCAAGAACCUCCGCACACGUCUGUACGAGGAAUUCAACAAGGUCACGCACGAGCUGGAGUCGAUCGAUUCCGCGGAGCUUCCCAUCAUCAGGGCGGCGGUCGGCAAGUAUCAUCUCGCCAUGCAUACCGGUGACUGUCGACACAAGCACUCCCUCCAUUUCAUGCCAGGCGCAUGCAUGACGGAUGGGGAGACGUUAGAGCGGAUGUGGGCGAUCCUCAACGCGCUCGCGAGACGCACGAAGGAGAUGUCCGCCGGGCACCGACACGACGUGCUGAACGACACGUACGCGGACAUGAACACUCGACGAUUGCAGGGGUUAGUGUACGAACUGGUAGACAAGCACAACACGGCAGAACAGUUAUUUGAAGAAGCCCAGGACUAUCUAUCGGAGUUAGAGGAAAGCAUCGCUCCGGAGAAGGUAGCUCGAUGGCGUCAAGAGGAAGCGGAAUGGCAGUGUAAGGUCGUGGAUGUCAGGCAGCACAAAGGGCUCGACAACCCGUUCGAGCCGCCCGAGCAAACAGCUUUAACGACACAGGCGAUAGCCGAGCACCUAGAGCAGAAGCACGGAGCAGCAGGGGAACGCGAGGCGGUGGGUAUGCUUGGAGCAAUGGAGGAGGUUUUGCGCCUCAACUCGACGCGCGAAGAGCUCCGUCACGACAUCCAAUCUUCGUCUCGCACGGACAAGGAUAGGCGAAAACUCACCACGCAAGUCGAGGUGUUCCGCAAACAGGCAGAGGGUUGUCAAGAGAUGCAUGCUCGCUACUUGCAACCGUGCAUCACCGCCGCGAUCCAGAGCAUCUCCGCCACAGGUCAUCCAAGCACGUUCCCGAGGCGUGACCCCGGCGACGAUGUCGCAUGCGGCCUCACAGUUGGCCCGCCGGUGGUAUCCGGUAAGAAGCUUAAGAGGAAGCGGGCUGAGAACUCGGCCUCUCCCUUUGCCACCCUACUGGCUGACCUAGAUGAUCCCGCAACCCAGUUCCUUCUGCCCUCCGACUACCACAGCCUCAUACGAGGCGCCACCUCUAUGACGGAACUCGUCAACUUCGAGCGCGAGCUCAGGCGCGGCCAAGCCAAUGAAGCUCUAGACGACCUCCGGCUGCACUUGACGACUUAUCUAUCCCUCGAAGACCGCAAACGGCAGGUCUCCGGUGUCAUCCGGAAUACAGCUUGGGACCGACGACUAACGAAGAAGACAGCUGCCAUAAACUCUGCGAAACGGCAAUACAGGGAGGUCAGGCAGAUACUGCGUCUGUUAGGUAUGCCCGAGGACGACGAGCACCUCCAGCCUUUAGAAGAUAAGGACUGCAAGCCAUUCGUGAUCGUCGUAGAAGAGCAGCAGCACAACGACAGCAAGCGAAAACCUACCUGGAUAUGGGGUAACUUUGGGUAUAUCAACCAGAUAGAACCGGGGGAAAUCAAGAACUUUCUCGAAGAUUGUGCCCGGGUACACUGGUUCCGACAGAGCGCGCGUAAACAACGAUGGGAAGAAGAGUGCUAUGUGCGCAGAGAGGAGAUGUUCCGUACCAGGAAGACGUACCAGCACUAUCGUCAGGUAUGGAGAAAACGAGCUGUGGGGCAUGCGAUCCGUGGCAAGGGCGCCGCCGCCUAUGCGCGCAGGCAGGCAGCUCAGUGGGAACGCAGACUCGACGCCGCGCAUCGACACUUCCCCGCAAUCAUCGACGUGGUUAGUCCGUUAUCCCACGACGCGCUACUAUCAUGCUAA